AUGACAUUUUUACUUCUGCACUUUUCUGAUAUAAAAGGGCUAUCGGAGGAGGACGCGACAGCAGGUGUGAGAAAUUUGCCAAUGAAACAACUGCUCUGUGCAGACUGUGGAACAACCAAAAUGAUUAGCUCGUUCAAACUCAGUCUGGUCCUCAUCCUGUCGCUGUCCGUGGUGCGUGUGCUUUGGUGUUAUCCGGCUCUCUCUUCCAAGGUGUCUGGAACAUCUGACCACCUUCUCAUCUUGCUGAAGAGCCACCCAGCGGGGACGGAUGGCAGCGAGGGGCUGGCUUUUCUGAAGUCGGUGCUGCAGAGGGCGCUGAGGAAAAGGUCCUUCCGCAAUGGGGUCGGAGUGGGGAUGAAAAAAACUUCCUUUCAAAGAGCAAAACGAUGA